AUGAACGAGCAUCACUUGGAUGUUGGGCUCCUCUGCGUCACGAACGUUUCCGUUAUUAGUGGACCGCAGCGUACGGAGGCGGACCUGCACGUAUCCGCCACUGAAGCCGUGAAGGUGCUGUUGAAUGAGUGCCGAGAACUCCCGACGGUGACAAAGCGGGGGAAGUUCGACGCCACCUCGACGUUGGUGAAGCUGCCGCAGCCUGUGAUGCUGCUGCCGCGUGAGAAGGCCCCACCGAAGCCGAAGCCGCUCACAGCCUGGGAGAAGUUUGCGCUGAAGAAGGGCAUUGCUCUCAAUCGCAAGAAGAGCAACCGCGUGUUCGACGAGGAGCGGCAGGUCUGGAAGGACAAGUGGGGCAAGCGCGCCCGUGAGGACCGCGAGAAGCACGACUGGCUGCGGGAGGUGGGGCCUGGCUACGUGGCGCAGGAGGAGGGCGGCGACCCGUUCUUGGAUGAACGUAGAGCGAAGAAGGCACGACUGGAUAAGCAGAAGAAGAAGGAGGAGCAUAAUAAGCGCCGCUCAGAGCACAUUACGCAGGCGCAGGAAGAGGUCCGACAUCUGACUGCCGCAGCAAGGCAUCUGGCAACAGCGUCCAAUGGCAAAUUCGACAAGAUAUCAUCUAAGAGGAAGGGAAAGAAGUGA